GGCAGCGGGUGAGCGGCGAGCAUGGCGGACUCCCAGCUGAUCUGCCUGGACGACACGCACGUGAACGAGAAGGUGACCGAGGCCCAGGCCAGGUUCUACUACAGCGAGGAGCAGCGCCGGGCGCUGGAGGUGCUGGUCGCCCAGGGCGAGCCGGCCUACCGGGAGCGGCUGCAGCAGGGGCAGCUGCGGGACUUCCUCUCCAGCCGCGAGCUGCGAGCCCUGCCGGCCGGCUGGCGCGGCUACGAUGCGCACCUGGAGGGCGGCGGGGCCGGCGGCGAGGGCGUCUCGCUGGCCUACUGGCCGGAGUGCUCCGACACCGAGGUGCCGCCGCUGGACUUGGGCUGGACGGACAAGAACUUCUACCGGGGCAUCAGCCGGGUGAGUCUCUUCACCCACCCCUGGAAGGAGGAGAGCGCGCCGCACCUCAAGCAGAUCAUUCGGGAGAUGAUCCAGCAGGCACAGAGGAUCAUUGCGGUGGUAAUGGAUCUGUUUACAGACCGGGACAUCUUCCAAGAUAUUGUGGACGCAGCAUACAGGUGCCGGAUCCCAGUCUAUAUAAUCCUGGAUGAGGAGGGUGUGAAGUUCUUCCUGGAGAUGUGCAAGUGUAUGAAUCUCAGUAGCUUCCAGAUCCAGAACAUCCGUGUACGUUUUGUGACGGGAGUUGGGUUCUAUAUGCCAUCAGGGAAGAUCAAAGGCACCUUGGCCUCCCGGUUCCUGAUGGUGGAUGGUGAAAAAGUGGCCACUGGGUCCUACAGCUUCACUUGGAGCUCAUCCCACAUCGACAGAAACAUCCUCCUGUUGUUGACGGGGCAGAAUGUGGAGAUGUUUGAUGUCGAGUUUCGUGAGCUCUACGCCAUCUCUGAGGAGGUCAAUCUCUACAAGGAGCUGAACAUUGCUAGCCCUUUUAAUUCAGGAGUUGGGAUAUCGGCGCUUCGCUCCUCCACUGUGUCUCGUAAGAUGAUCAACCCCAAGUAUGGUCUAGUGACAGGGGCUGCCCCUGGUGAAAUGUUCUGGGCUUCACGCCAGAGGCAGGAGGCACAGGAGAAACUGGAAAGGAAUGAGGAGGAAAGUGAGUCAAAGAAGCGGCUGAAUCAGUUUCUGAAUGACUUGAUCACGGUGGAGCAGGUGCUACCAGAAAUUCUGCCACCUCUUGAGAGCUUGGGGAGAGAGAACCGGAGUCCCCAGAGAUUGCUCUCCUGGUUCCAUCGGGGUCUGAAACAUAAGUCCAAAUCCAGGGAGUCCAUUCGCGACACCAAAAAGGAUGAGGAAGCUAGCAGCUCUGUUACCAAUGGGGAAACCAAUUCCAAGCAGGGUAAGAGGUUUGGCAGCGGCUUUUUCAGCAGGAAAGCUAAACGGCCCCCCGUCAUGAAAACUGAGGCCAAUUCUUUUGCCAGUGAGGGACCCUCAGGAGAAGAGUUUGUGAUCAUGAAGACGGCAUGCGAGGACCUGAUCAGCUUCAGCCCUGUCAGCAUUCGGAGUAGUGUGGGCACCUCAGGUAAAAUUAACCCAAACUCUCCCACAGGGGAUAAAAACAAACAGUCAGCCUGUGUGAUGUCUUGAUCUGGAAGGAAUGUCAGAAGAAUUGAAGACCCCAAAAGAGCAUUUGAUGGAACGUAUGACUUCUUUCCUAUUUGAAACUUGCAGAACUUGUUCUCACACAAAUGGUCUUUCAAACCACUAUAAAUGUCCAGGAUGCAGCUUGCUCCUCCAGUGAAAGCACACGUGUUGCAUAAAGCAUAAAAAUGUGGAUGGUUCCUAUGUAAGGAUUAGCGGUGAAAGUGUUAAUGUCAAUAUUUAACUGUGAUAAUUGGAACUUGGAGCUAAGCCUGCAUUGAGAUGAAUGCAGGGGAGCUUCCCACUUCUUAAUGCAGCUAUUUCAAUCUAUCUAGCUACAGACUCAAAAGGACAUCAUUUGGGAGAAAACUGUGAAAUCUGCAGACCAUGUGGAUUUUCCUUGUCCAUGGAUUUCUAUAGAUUUCUGUUAUUAGCAGGGACAGCUAGAAGAUUCAGUGGAUGAAGAAGGUGUAUUUGGCUGGAAGAGACCAGGCGGUUAGUAUACUAGCUCUUCACUUUGUCAUAAAACUAACAACUGAGCUGAAUGAUUUGGUAAUAAUUUCCCCUCAGGAGAAGACGAGAUUUGGAAUAUAAGGGAAUGCUUCAGACCAAGAUCAAGGUGUGUGUGGAGUCCCAGGCCUGGGAUAGCAAGGAGUGCUGCAAGAUUUUACAGGGCCACAGGAGAUUAAUCAUAAAAUCAGUUUAAUCAUUAAUUCCGUGCCAUGUUGGUCUUCUUGGAAAGUGAGUAAGUAAAGGGAUACAUCUUGAAGGCUGAAGGAGAGAUGGGUGAAAGUUUCAAACAUCUGGCUUACUUUACAUUUUUAGUUAACCUCCCCCUUCCAAAUACAUAAAAAUAGAGGUCCCCAUCCCAUAAAUAUAUGGAGACACCAGUUAUUGUGCACACCCUCAUUGGAUUCAUUCAGUAUUUGGACUAGCAUUUUGUCCUGACGUAUUUGAGUGAAUUUUUGCCAUGCAGAUCACCACAAUAUGCUGCCUUCAAUAAACCCUCAGUGAUUUGUAAGAAAAAUACAUCAUAAUGGUAAAUAACCACCUAAGUACAAAUAAUAUAUUUGUACUAACACGUUAUUGAACACAGCAAAGGAAAUAUGGUUUCUUUAAAGAAAAUGAACAAAGUUCAGCACACAUUCCAAGAACGGCCAUAUUGGGUCAGACCAGUUGUCCAUCUAGCCCAGUAUCCUGUCUUCCAAGAGUGGCCAAUGCCAGGUGCCCUAGAGGGAAAGAACAGAGCAGGUAAUAAUCAAGCGAUCCACUCUCUGUCGCUCAUUCCCAGCUUCUGGUAAACCAUCCCUGCCUAUCCUGGCUAAUAGCCAUUGAGGGACCUAUGAAUUUAUCUAGUUCUUUUUGAACGCUGUUAUACUCUUGGACUUCACAACAUCCUCUGGCAAGGAGUUCCACAAGUUGACUGUGUGUUGUGUGAAGACAUACUUCCUUUUGUUUGUUUUAAACCUGCUGCCUAUUAAUUUCAUUUGGUGACCCCUAGUUCUUGUGUUAUGAGAAGGAGUAAACAACACAUCCUUAUUUACUUUCUCCACACCAGUCAUGAUUUUAUAGACCUCAUUCAUAUCCCCCCUUAGUCAUCUCUUUUCCAAGCUGAAAAGUCCUGGUCUUAUCAGGGGCGGCUCUACCAAUUUUGCCGCCCCAAGCAGUCGCCGCCAAGUUGCCGCUGCACCCGGAAGAGCAGCGGAGCUGCUGCCAAAGUGCCACUGCAGGACACGGACUGCCGCCCCAUUCUGAAUGCCGCCCCAAGCACCUGCUUGGAAAGCUGGUGCCUGGAGCCGUCCCUGGGUCUUAUUAAUCUCUCCUCAUACGGAAGCCGUUUCAUACCCCUAAUUGCGUCCUGUCCACAGCCUAUGCCCUGCCUGGAAGUUGCUCAUUGUAGCAAAUUUUUUCCUCUCAGCCGGUCUGGUUCUCAAAUACCAUGAUGGUGGGUUUGGUAUAAGAACAUGAAUGGAAUUCUCUGUCUCUACCUACUUUUCUUUAUAGGGACAGCAAACAGUCAGGAGCUGCUGCACUAGGCAUGUGCAGUAUAUUUAAUAUCAAUGACAAGUGAACUGCUUCUACUGCUGAACAUGCUCACAAGAACCUCACUUGACCUUAAGCUGGCCAUGGUACCUUUCCCUCAUUCUACUGGGUAUGCUCACUCCAAUGUAAGUUGACAAAGUGAUUGCCAGUCAGCCUAGCCAGCCUGGGAACAGACGGUACCCCCGCAACUGGUUCAACCAACUCUAACCCUAACAGCAGCUCUUUACAAAGCUUCCCCUUCCCAGUGACACAGCACAGUUAGCGGUUUACACCAUCACUUAAACACGUGAAUAACUUCAUACAUGAGUAGUGCCACUGAAUUAAGCAGGGCUACUCACAUACGUGAGUAUUUCCAGGGUUGUCUGACCUGGCUUGCUCCUUAUAAACUGAGUGGCUUAGUUUGCCUUGGUUCUAUUCUCCUCCUCUUUGUUUGGAGAUUUUUCUCUUUUUACUUGUAUUUGUUUAACUUCAAUCUCUGAUGAAGUAAUUGUUAACUAUGGCCAGGAUUGCUUCUCAUACACUUUCUAAUUGGUCAGAUGGUUGUCUGACUUCAAGUCCGUGGUGCUUCCCUAUUCUCCGUGACCAAGUAUUGUUUUUUAAAACGUGGUUUAAUAAAUACACUAAAUAAAUUCACCUAACAACAUGACGAUUUAAAUAGUCUUGUAUCUUGUUUUGAUCAAUAUAUUUUAAAGAUCUUCAUUGCUAUCCACAUAUCUUUUUCUUAUUUUUCUGAUUAAGACAGACUUAAAAAGAAAUCAAUACCUCAGCCAUUCUUUUGCUGUUAAUGUCAUUCCUGCCUCGCUUAUUAGUGGACUGAAUUUCUCUUUGGUAUUACUUUCCCCCUGGAUAUAAAAACGCUUAUUUCCUUUAUCCUCACUGGCUAACAUAAACGUGAUCAUCUUGUUUUACUGUACUUAUUUUUCCCUGCAGAUCUUGUCUGACUGUCCAUUUUUGUUUUAUUGUCACACUCAGCUUCCACAUACAAUUUUUGUUCUGUUUUUCUUCCAAUUUUUAGUAGCCUCAGGAAUUAGUUUUAUGCCUUAUCUCUGGAGUCUGAUAGGACUCUUCAGCCUUAUUACACACAACUAGAUAGUAAUAAUA